AUGGUCUGCACGUCGAUUGCUACGUUGGGGCGUCUGUGCAGUAUCUUCAAGAGGAGCCAAGACAAGCUGAAAGGACACGAAAUCAGCUUAAGGAACUCCUACCUACUUACUUCUACUCCUACUACUAUUUUUACAACUACUGUUACAACUACUACUACUACAACAAAAACUACUACUACUACUACUACUACUACUACUAUUACUACAACUACUACUACUACUACUACUACUACUACUACUUCUAAUACUACUACUGCUACUACUACUACUACUACUACUACUACGACUUCUACUACUACUACUACUACUACUACUACUACUACUACUAUUUACUACUCCCACCUUACUACUUCUAUUACCGCUACUACUACUGCUACUACUACUUUUACUACUUCAAUUACUACUUCUAUCACUACUACUACCGCUACUACUACUACUACUACUAAUACUACUAAUACUACUACUACCACUACUACUAUUAUUACCAUUACUUCUCCUACUAAUUGUGAUAUCAGUGGUCUUACCUUAGACCCAUUGCUCUUGAUUGGUGGUGUUACACCGGUGGGUCCUUAUAGUGCCUUCUCACUGACCUUAUUCACGUGUACGACAACAUACAUGUCCAAUCUGCCUGAAUUCAACAUGUGUCAGGGGACCAAUGUCUGGAGUUUUUCACCUGAGGACUACUCUUGCUCCGCACCAUGCGCCCCUUACUCGUGGAGCAGUGUGACUGUAACCGUGUCCUCGGGUGAAUACUUUACUAGUGAAGAUGUGUAUGAACACAACAGUGUCUUGGACUUUUCCUGCUCUAGUGGAGCUCUUGAAGGCACAUCUUCAACCGCUUGUGAAGAUGGCACAUGGAGUCCUGAUGCAAGUUUAGUCACUUGUAAUCUUCCAUGCGAAUCACCAAACUUGGCUACACCUUCGGGUACUUACAACCAUGGUGAUGUUGCCAGCUUUACCUGUCUGUAUUCUACUGAUAUUUACCCGGCAGUUACAUGUCUGGAUGGCGUAUGGGAUCCUACUGUCACUUGCCCAGACGAACUGACAACGCUGAUAGCAACAACAGUAUAUAUCACUUCAGAUGCAACUACUGACAUUAAAACAGAACUGAUAUUAGCAACAACAAUUACAGAUAUCAAUACGGAAGUUGUAACAGAACUGACAACAGAGGAAACUACAUCUAUAUCAACUGGCUCGACUGAUGUUACAACAGAGAAGAGUGGAACUACUUCCUUAGAUCCAACAAUGGAAACUAUAAUUGAGACAACAUUUGUAGAUUUUACUACUGAAGUUGUAACAGAACUGACUACUGAGGAUGCUACAUCGAUAUCAACUGACUCUUCUGAUGUUACAACAGAGAAGGGUGGAACUACUUCCUUAGAUCCAACAAUGGAAACUAUAAUUGAGACAACAUUUGUAGAUUUUACUACUGAAGUUGUAACAGAACUAACUACUGAGGGAGCUACAUCGAUAUCAAUUGACUCUACUGAUGUUACCACAAAGACGACUGAAACUACUUCCUUAGAUCCAACAAUGGAAACUGUAAUAGAGACAACAUUUGUAGAUCUUACUACUGAGAUCGUAACAGAACUUACUACUGAGGAAGCUUCAUCUUUUUCAACUGGCUCUAGUGAAGUUACUACAGAGACGGCUGAAACUACUUCCUUACAUCCAACAAUGGAAACUAUAGUGGAAACAACAUUUGUGGAUUCUACGACGGAAGUUGUAACAGAACUGACUACUGAGAAAGCUACAUCUAUAUCAACUGACUCUACUGAUGUUACUACAGAGACGGCUGAAACUACAUCCUUAGAUCCAACAAUGGAAACUAUCAUAGAGACAACAUUUGUAGAUUUUACUACUGAAGUUGGAACAGAACUGACUACUGAGGAAGCUACAUCUAUAUCGACUGACUUUACUGAUGCUACUACAGAGACGGGUGAAACUACAUCCUUUGAUCCAACAAUGGAAACUAUCAUAGAAACAACAUUUGUAGAUCUUACUACUGAAGUUGCAACAGAACCUACAGGGACGGCUGAAACUACUUCAUUAGAUCCAACAAUGGAAACUAUAAUAGAGACAACAUUUGUAGAUUUUACUACUGAAGUUGUAACAGAACUGACUACUGAGGAAGCUUCAUCUAUAUCGACUGACUCUACUGAUGUUACUACAGAGACGGGUGAAACUACAUCCUUAGAUCCAACAAUGGAAACUAUCAUAGAAACAACAUUUGUAGAUCUUACUACUGAAGUUGCAACAGAACCUACAGGGACGGCUGAAACUACUUCAUUAGAUCCAACAAUGGAAACUAUAAUAGAGACAACAUUUGUAGAUUUUACUACUGAAGUUGUAACAGAACUGACUACUGAGGAAGCUUCAUCUAUAUCGACUGACUCUACUGAUGUUACUACAGAGACGGGUGAAACUACAUCCUUAGAUCCAACAAUGGAAACUAUCAUAGAGACAACAUUUGUAGAUUUUACUACUGAAGUUGUAACAGAACUGACUACAGAGGAAGCUACAUCUAUAUCGACUGACUCUAUGGAUGUAACUACAGAGACGGCUGAAACUACAUCCUUAGAUCCAACCAUGGAAACUAUAAUAGAAACAACAUUUGUAGAUCUUACUACUGAAGUUGCAACAGAACUGACUACUGAGGAAGCUACAUCUAUAUCAACUGACUCUUCUGAUGUUACAACAGAGAAGGGUGGAACUACUUCCUUAGAUCCAACAAUGGAAACUAUAAUUGAGACAACAUUUGUAGAUUUUACUACUGAAGUUGUAACAGAACUAACUACUGAGGGAGCUACAUCGAUAUCAAUUGACUCUACUGAUGUUACCACAAAGACGACUGAAACUACUUCCUUAGAUCCAACAAUGGAAACUGUAAUAGAGACAACAUUUGUAGAUCUUACUACUGAGAUCGUAACAGAACUUACUACUGAGGAAGCUUCAUCUUUUUCAACUGGCUCUAGUGAAGUUACUACAGAGACGGCUGAAACUACUUCCUUACAUCCAACAAUGGAAACUAUAGUGGAAACAACAUUUGUGGAUUCUACGACGGAAGUUGUAACAGAACUGACUACUGAGAAAGCUACAUCUAUAUCAACUGACUCUACUGAUGUUACUACAGAGACGGCUGAAACUACAUCCUUAGAUCCAACAAUGGAAACUAUCAUAGAGACAACAUUUGUAGAUUUUACUACUGAAGUUGGAACAGAACUGACUACUGAGGAAGCUACAUCUAUAUCGACUGACUUUACUGAUGCUACUACAGAGACGGGUGAAACUACAUCCUUUGAUCCAACAAUGGAAACUAUCAUAGAAACAACAUUUGUAGAUCUUACUACUGAAGUUGCAACAGAACCUACAGGGACGGCUGAAACUACUUCAUUAGAUCCAACAAUGGAAACUAUAAUAGAGACAACAUUUGUAGAUUUUACUACUGAAGUUGUAACAGAACUGACUACUGAGGAAGCUUCAUCUAUAUCGACUGACUCUACUGAUGUUACUACAGAGACGGGUGAAACUACAUCCUUAGAUCCAACAAUGGAAACUAUCAUAGAAACAACAUUUGUAGAUCUUACUACUGAAGUUGCAACAGAACCUACAGGGACGGCUGAAACUACUUCAUUAGAUCCAACAAUGGAAACUAUAAUAGAGACAACAUUUGUAGAUUUUACUACUGAAGUUGUAACAGAACUGACUACUGAGGAAGCUUCAUCUAUAUCGACUGACUCUACUGAUGUUACUACAGAGACGGGUGAAACUACAUCCUUAGAUCCAACAAUGGAAACUAUCAUAGAGACAACAUUUGUAGAUUUUACUACUGAAGUUGUAACAGAACUGACUACAGAGGAAGCUACAUCUAUAUCGACUGACUCUAUGGAUGUAACUACAGAGACGGCUGAAACUACAUCCUUAGAUCCAACCAUGGAAACUAUAAUAGAAACAACAUUUGUAGAUCUUACUACUGAAGUUGCAACAGAACUGACUACUGAGGAAGCUACAUCUAUAUCAACUGACUCUACUGAUGCUACUACAAAGACGGGGGAAACUACUUCCUUAGAUCCAAAAAUGGAAACUUUAAUAGAGACAACAUUUGUAGAUUUAACUACUGAGGUUGUAACAGAACUUACUACUGAGGAAGCUUCAUCUUUAUCAACUGACUCUACUGAUGUUACUACAGAGACGGCUGAAACUACUUCCUUAGAUCCAACAAUGGAAACUAUCAUAGAGACAACAUUUGUAGAUUUUACUACUGAAGUUGUAACACAACUGACUACUGAGAAAGCUACAUCGAUAUCAACUGACUCUACUGAUGUUACCACAGAGACGGCUGAAACUACUUUCUUAGAUCCAACAAUGGAAACUAUAAUAGAGACAACAUUUGUAGAUUUUACUACUGAAGUCGUAUCAGAACUGACUACUGAGGAAGCUACAUCAAUAUCAACUGACUCUACUGAUGUUACUACAGAGACGGCUGAAACUACUUCCUUAGAUCCAACAAUGGAAACUAUCAUAGAGACAACAUUUGUAGAUUUUACUACUGAAGUUGCAACAGAACUGACUACUGAGAAAGCUACAUCUAUAUCAACUUUCUCUACUGAUAUUACUACAGAGACAGCUGAAACUACUUCCUUAGAUCUAACAAUGGAAACUAUCAUAGAGACAACAUUUGUAGAUUUUACUACUGAGGUCGUAACAGAACUUACUACUGAGGAAGCUACAUCUUUAUCAACUGGCUCUACUGAUGCUUCUACAGAGACGGGUGAAACUACAUCCUUAGAUCCAACAAUGGAAACUAUUGUAGAGACAACAUUUGUAGAUUUUACUACUGAGGUCGUAACAGAACUUACUACUGAGGAAGCUUCAUCUUUAUCAACUGGCUCUACUGAUAUUACUACAGAGACGGCUAAAACUACUUCCUUAGAUCCAACCAUGGAAACUAUAAUAGAGACAACAUUUGUAGAUCUUACUACUGAAGUUGCAACAAAACUGACUACUGAGGAAGCUUCAUCUUUAUCAACUGGCUCUACUGAUGUUACUACAGAGACGGCUGAAACUGCAUCCUUAGAUCUAACAAUGGAAACUAUCAUAGAGACAACAUUUGUAGAUUUAACUACUGAGGUCGUAACAGAACUUACUACUGAGGAAGCUUCAUCUAUAUCAACUGGCUCUACUGAUGCUACUACAGAGACGGGUGAAACUACUUCCUUAGAUCCAACCAUGGAAAUUAUAAUAGAGACAACAUUUGUAGAUCUUACUACUGAAGUUGCAACAGAACUGACUACUGAGGAAGCUACAUCUAUAUCAACUGACUCUACUGAUGCUACUACAAAGACGGGGGAAACUACUUCCUUAGAUCCAAAAAUGGAAACUUUAAUAGAGACAACAUUUGUAGAUUUAACUACUGAAGUUCUAGCACAACUGACUACUGAGGAAGCUACAUCGAUAUCAACUGACUCUACUGAUGUUACUACAGAGACGGCUGAAACUACAUCCUUAGAUCCAACAACGGAAACUAUAAUAGACACAACAUUUGUAGAUUUUACUACUGAAGUUCUAGCACAACUGACUACUGAGGAAGCUUCAUCUUUUUCAACUGGCUCUACUGAUGUUACUACGGAGACGACUGAAACUACUUCAUUAGAUCUAACAAUGAAAACUAUAAUAGAGACAACAUUUGUAGAUUUUACUACUGAAGUCGUAUCAGAACUGACUACUGAGGAAGAUACAUCCAUAUUAACUGACUCUACUGAUGUAACUACAGAGACGGCUGAAACUACUUCCUUAGAUCCAACCAUGGAAACUAUAAUAGAGACAACAUUUGUAGAUUUUACUACUGAGGUCGUAACACAACUUACUACUGAGGAAGCUUCAUCUAUUUCAACUGGCUCUAGUGAUGUUACUACAGAGACGGGUGAAACUACAUCCUUAGAUCUAACAAUGGAAACUAUCAUAGAGACAACAUUUGUAGAUUUAACUACUGAGGUCGUAACAGAACUUACUACUGAUGAAGCUUCAUCUUUAUUAACUGGCUCUAGUGAUGUUACUACAGAGACGGCUGAAACUACUUCCUUAGAUCCAACCAUGGAAACUAUAGUGGAAAUAACAUUUGUAGAUUCUACGACGGAAGUUGUAACAGAACUGACUACUGAGAAAGCUACAUCUAUAUCAACUGGCUCUACUGAUGUUACUACAGAGACGGCUGAAACUACUUCCUUAGAUCCAACAAUGGAAACUAUAAUAGAGACAACAUUUGUAGAUCUUACUACUGAAGUUGCAACAGAACUGACUACUGAGAAAGCUACAUCUAUAUCAACUGACUCUACUGAUGUUACUACAGAGACGGCUGAAACUACUUCCUUAGAUCCAACAAUGGAAACUAUCAUAGAGACAACAUUUGUAGAUUUUACUACUGAAGUUGUAACACAACUGACUACUGAGAAAGCUACAUCGAUAUCAACUGACUCUACUGAUGUUACCACAGAGACGGCUGAAACUACUUUCUUAGAUCCAACAAUGGAAACUAUAAUAGAGACAACAUUUGUAGAUUUUACUACUGAAGUCGUAUCAGAACUGACUACUGAGGAAGCUACAUCAAUAUCAACUGACUCUACUGAUGUUACUUCAGAGACGGCUGAAACUACUUCCUUAGAUCCAACAAUGGAAACUAUCAUAGAGACAACAUUUGUAGAUUUUACUACUGAAGUUGCAACAGAACUGACUACUGAGAAAGCUACAUCUAUAUCAACUUUCUCUACUGAUAUUACUACAGAGACAGCUGAAACUACUUCCUUAGAUCUAACAAUGGAAACUAUCAUAGAGACAACAUUUGUAGAUUUUACUACUGAGGUCGUAACAGAACUUACUACUGAGGAAGCUACAUCUUUAUCAACUGGCUCUACUGAUGCUUCUACAGAGACGGGUGAAACUACAUCCUUAGAUCCAACAAUGGAAACUAUUGUAGAGACAACAUUUGUAGAUUUUACUACUGAGGUCGUAACAGAACUUACUACUGAGGAAGCUUCAUCUUUAUCAACUGGCUCUACUGAUAUUACUACAGAGACGGCUGAAACUACUUCCUUAGAUCCAACCAUGGAAACUAUAAUAGAGACAAUAUUUGUAGAUCUUACUACUGAAGUUGCAACAAAACUGACUACUGAGGAAGCUUCAUCUUUAUCAACUGGCUCUACUGAUGUUACUACAGAGACGGCUGAAACUGCAUCCUUAGAUCUAACAAUGGAAACUAUCAUAGAGACAACAUUUGUAGAUUUAACUACUGAGGUCGUAACAGAACUUACUACUGAGGAAGCUUCAUCUAUAUCAACUGGCUCUACUGAUGCUACUACAGAGACGGGUGAAACUACUUCCUUAGAUCCAACCAUGGAAACUAUAAUAGAGACAACAUUUGUAGAUUUUACUACUGAGGUCGUAACAGAACUUACUACUGAGGAAGCUCCAUCUUUUUCAACUGGCUCUAGUGAUGUUACUACAGAGACGGGUGAAACUACAUCCUUAGAUCUAACAAUGGAAACUAUCAAAGAGACAACAUUUGUAGAUUUAACUACUGAGCUGGUAACAGAAAUUACUACUGAUGAAGCUUCAUCUUUAUUAACUGGCUCUAGUGAUGUUACUACAGAGACGGCUGAAACUACUUCCUUAGAUCCAACCAUGGAAACUAUAGUGGAAACAACAUUUGUAGAUUCUACGACGGAAGUUGUAACAGAACUGACUACUGAGAAAGCUACAUCUAUAUCAACUGACUCUACUGAUGUUACUACAGAGACGGGUGAAACUACAUCCUUAGAUCUAACAAUGGAAACUAUCAUAGAGACAACAUUUUUAGAUUUAACUACUGAGGUCGUAACAGAACUUACAACUGAGGAAGCUUCAUCUUUAUCAACUGGCUCUACUGAUGUUACUACAGAGACGGCUGAAACUACUUCCUUAGAUCCAACAAUGGAAACUAUCAUAGAGACAACAUUUGUAGAUUUUACUACUGAAGUUGUAACACAACUGACUACUGAGAAAGCUACAUCGAUAUCAACUGACUCUACUGAUGUUACCACAGAGACGGCUGAAACUACUUUCUUAGAUCCAACAAUGGAAACUAUAAUAGAGACAACAUUUGUAGAUUUUACUACUGAAGUCGUAUCAGAACUGACUACUGAGGAAGCUACAUCAAUAUCAACUUUCUCUACUGAUGUUACUACAGAGACAGCUGAAACUACUUCCUUAGAUCUAACAAUGGAAACUAUCAUAGAGACAACAUUUGUAGAUUUUACUACUGAGGUCGUAACAGAACUUACUACUGAGGAAGCUACAUCUUUAUCAACUGGCUCUACUGAUGCUACUACAGAGACGGGUGAAACUACAUCCUUAGAUCCAACAAUGGAAACUAUUGUAGAGACAACAUUUGUAGAUUUUACUACUGAGGUCGUAACAGAACUUACUACUGAGGAAGCUUCAUCUUUAUCAACUGGCUCUACUGAUGUUACUACAGAGACGGCUGAAACUACUUCCUUAGAUCCAACCAUGGAAACUAUAAUAGAGACAACAUUUGUAGAUCUUACUACUGAAGUUGCAACAGACCUGACUACUGAGGAAGCUACAUCUAUAUCAACUGACUCUACUGAUGCUACUACAGAGACGGCUGAAACUACUUCCUUAGAUCCAACAAUGGAAACUAUAAUAGAGACAACAUUUGUAGAUUUUACUACUGAAGUUGUAACAGAACUUACUACUGAGGAAGCUUCAUCUUUAUCAACUGGCUCUACUGAUGUUACUACAGAGACGGCUGAAACUACAUCGUUAUAUCCAACAAUGGAAACUAUCAUAGAGACAACAUUUGUAGAUUUUACUACUGAAGUUGUAACAGAAACUACUACUGAGGAAGCUUCAUCUUUAUCAACUGGUUCUACUGAUGUUACUACAGAGACGGGUGAAACAACAUCCUUAGAUCCAACAAUGGAAACUAUAAUAGAGACAACAUUUGUAGAUUUUACUACUGAAGUUGUAACACAACUGACUACUGAGGAAGCUACAUCGAUAUCAACUGACUCUACUGAUGUUACUACAGAUACGGGUGAAACUACUUCCUUAGAUCCAACAAUGGAAACUAUAAUAGAGACAACAUUUGUAGAUUUUACUACUGAAGUCGUAUCAGAACUGACUACUGAGGAAGCUACAUCUAUAUCAACUUUCUCUACUGAUGUUACUACACAGACGGGUGAAACUACUUCAUUAGAUCCAACAAUGGAAACUGUAAUAGAGACAACAUUUGUAGAUCUUACUACUAAAGCUGUAACACAACUGACUACUGUGGAAGCUACAUCUAUAUCAACUGACUCUACUGAUGUUACUACAGAGACGGCUGAAAAUACUUCCUUAGAUCCAACAAUGGAAACUAUAAUAGAGACAACAUUUGUAGAUCUUACUACUGAAGUUGCAACAGAACUGACUUCUGAGGAAGCUACAUCGAUAUCAACUGACUCUACUGAUUAUACUACAGAGACGGGUGAAAGUACAUCCUUAGAUCCAACAAUGGAAACUAUCAUGGACAAAACAUUUGUAGAUUUUACUACUGAGGUCGUAACAGAACUUACAACUGAGGAAGCUUCAUCUUUUUCAACUGGCUCUACUGAUGUUACUACAGAAACGGCUGAAACUACUUUCUUAGAUCCAACAAUGGAAACUAUAAUAGAGACAACAUUUGUAGAUUUUUCUACUGAAGUCGUAUCAGAACUGACUACUGAGGAAGCUACAUCCAUAUCAACUGACUCUACUGAUGUUACUACAGAGACAGCUGAAACUACUUCCUUAGAUCUCACAAUGGAAACUAUCAUAGAGACAACAUUUGUAGAUCUUACUACUGAAGUUGUUACACAACUGACUACUGAGGAAGCUACAUCGAUAUCAACUGACUCUACUGAUGUUACUACAGAGACGGCUGAAACUACUUCAUUAGAUCCAACAAUGGAAACUAUAAUAGAGACAACAUUUGUAGAUUUUACUACUGAGGUCGUAACAGAACUUACUACUGAGGAAGCUUCAUCUUUAUCAACUGACUCUACUGAUGUUACUACAGAGACGGCUGAAACUACUUCCUUAGAUCCAACAAUGGAAACUAUAAUAGAGACAACAUUUGUAGAUUUUACUACUGAGGUCGUAACCGAACUUACUACUGAGGAAGCUUCAUCUUUAUCAACUUUCUCUACUGAUGUUACUACAGAGACGGCUGAAACUACUUCCUUAGAUCCAACCAUGGAAACUAUAAUAGAGACAACAUUUGUAGAUCUAACUACUGAAGUUGCAACAGAACUGACUACUGAGGAAGCUACAUCUAUAUCAACUGACUCUACUGAUGCUACUACAGAUACGGGUGAAACUACUUCCUUAGAUCUAACAAUGGAAACUUUAAUAGAGACAACAUUUGUAGAUUUUACUACUGAAGUUGUAACAGAACUUACUACUGAGGAAGCUUCAUCUUUAUCAACUGGCUCUACUGAUGUUACUACAGAGACGGGUGAAACUACAUCCUUAGAUCCAACCAUGGAAACUAUAAUAGAGACAACAUUUGUAGAUCUUACUACUGAAGUUGUAACACAACUGACUACUGUGGAAGCUAUAUCUAUAUCAACUGACACUACUGAUGUUACUACAGAGACGGCUGAAACUACUUCCUUAGAUCCAACAAUGGAAACUAUAAUAGAGACAACAUUUGUAGAUCUUACUACUGAAGUUGUAACACAACUGACUACUGUGGAAGCUACAUCGAUAUCAACUGACUCUACUGAUUAUACUACAGAGACGGGUGAAACUACAUCCUUAGAUCCAACAAUGGAAACUAUCAUAGAGACAACAUUUGUAGAUUUUACUACUGAGGUUGUAACACAACUGACUACUGAGGAAGCUACAUCGAUAUCAACUGACUCUACUGAUGUUACUACAGAGACGGGUGAAACUACAUCCUUAGAUCCAACAAUGGAAACUAUAAUAGAGACAACAUUUGUAGAUUUUACUACUGAGGUCGUAACAAAACUGACUACUGAGAAAGCUACAUCGAUAUCAACUGACUCUACUGAUUAUACUACAGAGACGGGUGAUACUACUUCAUUAGAUCCAACAAUGGAAACUAUAAUAGAGACAACAUUUGUAGAUUUUACUCCUGAGGUCGUAACAGAACUUACUACUGAGGAAGCUUCAUCUUUUUCAACUGGCUCUACUGAUGUUACUACAGAGACGGCUGAAACUACUUCAUUAGAUCCAACAAUGGAAACUGUAAUAGAGACAACAUUUGUAGAUCUUACUACUGAAGUUGUAACACAACUGACUACUGUGGAAGCUACAUCUAUAUCAACUGACUCUACUGAUGUUACUACAGAGACGGCUGAAACAACAUCCUUAGAUCCAACAAUGGAAACUAUAGUGGAAACAACAUUUGUAGAUUCUACGACGGAAGUUGUAACAGAACUGACUACUGUGGAAGCUACAUCUAUAUCAACUGACUCUACUGAUGUUACUACAGAGACGGCUGAAACUACUUCAUUAGAUCCAACAAUGGAAACUAUAAUAGAGACAACAUUUGUAGAUCUUACUACUGAGGUUGUAACAGAACUGACUACUGAGGAAGCUACAUCGAUAUUAACUGACUCUACUGAUGUUACUACAGAGACUGGUGAAACUACUUCCUUAGAUCCCACAAUGGAAACUAUAAUAGAGACAACAUUUGCAGAUUUUACUACUGAAGUUGUAACAGAACUGACUACUGAGGAAGCUACAUCCAUAUCAACUGACUCUACUGAUGUUACUACAGAGACGGCUGAAACUACUUUCUUAGAUCCAACAAUGGAAACUGUAAUAGAGACAACAUUUGUAGUUUUUACUACUGAAGUUGUAACAGAACUGACUACAGAGGAAGCUACAUCUAUAUCAACUGACUCUACUGAUGUUACUACAGAGACGGGUGAAACUACUUCCUUAGAUCCCACAAUGGAAACUAUAUUGAAAACAACAUUUGUAGAUUCUACUAUGAUGACAACAACCUCAAGCACAACGGAAACGACGAUUGAAACAACCGAUGGAACCACAGAACCGACGAUCGAUAGAACCCAAGUGACCACAGAAACGACGAUUGAAACGACCGAAGAAACCACAGAACUGACGAUCGAUAGAACCCAAGUGACCACAGAAACGACGAUUGAAACAACCGAAGGAACCACAGAACCGACGAUCGAUAGAACCCAAGUGACCACAGAAACGACGAUUGAAACAACUGAUGGAACCACAGAACCGACGAUUGAUAGAACCCAAGUGACCACAGAAACGACGAUAGCAUCAACACAGGACACCACAGAACCUACGAUCGAUAGAACCCAAGUGACCACAGAAACGACGAUAGCAUCAACACAGGACACCACAGAACCUACGAUCGAUAGAACCCAAGUGACCACAGAAACGACGAUAGCAUUAACACAGGAAACCACAGAACCUACGAUCGAUAGAACCCAAGUGACCACAGAAACGACGAUAGCAUCAACACAGGACACCACAGAACCUAUGAUCGAUAGAACCCAAGUGACCACAGAAAAGACGAUAGCAUUUACACAGGACACCACAGAACCAACGAUCGAUAGAACCCAAGUGACCACAGAAACGACGAUAGCAUCAACACAGGACACCACAGAACCUACGAUCGAUAGAACCCAAGUGACCACAGAAACGACGGCUCGAAUAACGUAUAGGACCAAAGAAACGACGAAUGCUACAACCCAAGCUCCUUUGUCAGAUCUAACGACCCAGGCAACAGUUGGGACAACCAAAGCAACUACUGACACGACGAUUGCUACAACCCAAGGAAGUUUUAGCACUUGUGGGGCAACAACCUGCGGCGUGAACGAGCUAUGUGAUGGAUCCCAAAUCACUCAUCAAUGUUCAUGUUAUCCAGACACGGUGCUCAACACUAACGACAACACAUGUAGAGCGUCGUGUGACAACAGAUGUGACUACCUCACAGAAACAUGUAAAGAAGGAGAGUGCAGAUGUAGACCAGGCACACAGAGGGAUUACUCCGGAACAUGCACAAAUGAUGAUGAUGGUGAUGAUAGCUUUGUGAAAAGCAACGGUAUCCGUCUCUGCUGGGCAUUCAUGUGA